UGUAGGAUCUAGAUUAGACCAUAGACCUCUUAUUAUCUUCUGCUAAUGUAAUAUUUUUUAAUUUUCAGAUAUUAGCAACAGUACUCACUGUGAUAUCAGGGUUUUCGUUUGGGUUCAGCGCGGUUCUGCUGCCAGAACUGCAAAAGGAUGAGGAUUUUUCUUAUGAUGCCGAAAUGGCUUCUUGGAUUGCUUCAAUUACUCCACUAUCUAUGGUGUUUGGAUGCGUCGGUGCAGGCUAUCUUAUCGAUUAUGUGGGAAGAAGAUCUGGACAUAUGGUGCUAGCAGUUAUAUCCUUAAUAAGUUGGCUUAUUGUAGCGUUUGCCACCAACAACAUGUACAUGCUUAUCGGAAGAUUUAUAGCAGGAUUAUCAGCAGGUGCUAGUAGAUGUGUAUCCUUAGUUUACAUAGGAGAAAUAACUGAUCCCAAAUACAGAAGUUUAACUCUAGUAGCUCCUUCUAUAUCUAUGUGUGUAGGUGCAAUGACUAGUCAUUUUCUAGGAGGGUAUGUUUCCUGGAGACAUUGUUGCUACAUUUACGGAGCACUAAGUGUUUCAUGUCUGAUAUUAUUAUUCAUAUUUUUGAAAGAAAGCCCCCUAUGGUUGAUAUCAAAAGGAAAGAUAGAUGAUGGUACACAAGCAUUUAAAUGGUUCAGAGGACAAGGUAUAGACUCAGAAAAGGAGUUGCAGUUAGUCUUGCUGCGACAGAAUGAAAAAUGUAACCAAUACUUUUACAAAGAUAUUAUGAACUUAUCAUUUAUCAAGCCUUUGUUAGUUGUUUUCUUAUUGUCAUUUGUACAGUUCAAUGGAGCUAAUGUUUUCAGUUUUUACGCACAAGAAAUGAUUGAGACUUCGUUUAAAGGCAGUAUUGACCCUUUCGCAUUUAUGGUCGGCAUUGAUGUUGUCCGGUUUGUGAUCACUGUUUUAAUUGUCGCUUUUAACAAAUUUAUACCACGCAAGAUUUUUUUCAUCACUGCUAAUUUCUGUUGCGCUAUUUCUUUAUUUAUUUUAGUCGUUUACUUGUUAAACAUUGAAAGAUUUGGGUCCGUAGGGUUAUCUAUAACUAUCACAGUUUUGUUUAUAUCUUUUGGUGGUACUGUUGUAGCUUUAGCUUGGUCAUUUGUGCCCGAACUAUUUUCAGCUAACUUAAGAGGGUUAGGAUCAGGUAUAGCUUCGUCUAUGUCGUACUUAGUAUUGUUCGUGUGUGUGAAAAUAUCACCCGGAGUUGCGGCAACAUAUGGAGACGCAGCAAUGUAUGCUUCUUAUGGUGUUGUUACAGUUAUUAAUAACUUAAUCCUGUGUUUUGUACUCCCUGAAACGAGUGGUCGUACUUUGCAGGAAAUAGAAGAUAGUUAUAAGACAAGUGACACUACUGUAUCAACUUUAUAAUAAUUAUUUUCAUGUGUAACUUUUCCAUUUUUAUAAAACUUUUAGAUCUUUAUGUAAGAUAAAUAGCAUAGCUAAAGCUAAGCUAGUAGUCUUAUGAAUCUUAAUGAGUAUUACUCAUAUGGUAUUAUGUACGUAAUAUUGUUAUUA